CCUCCAACCGCCACAUUAGCCGAAUUUAAUGCUCAACUACAGGCAUUAUUGGCAAAUAACGGUGCUGAAUUGAUUUCUUCAUCUAAUGCUAAUGAUUACACGGGUUUCACAAAUCUUUGGAGUGAUGAGGCGGCCUCCUCGCUGGAUAAUACGACUAUUUUCACCCCAGAAAUGCUUUCGUUGAGUUCUCCAGAAAGUUUCGCGCAAAUUCAUUCGCCAAACUCUUAUACUACUGGCGACGAUUACGAGUCAUUGCCUGCCAUGUCACCACCGUCAUUUAAUAAUUUGUCCGAGUUUGCUAAUCCAACUGAUCAAAUAGCGUCAGAAUUUGCCUAUCCCUGCUUGGAUGAACCAUUUGAUCAAUUGCUCCCAACUAAAAUGGAGUUUACGGCAACAAUCUCUCAGACGGAGAAUGCAAGAAAACGACAAACGAUAGGAGGGGAUGUUAUUUUUGAUGAGGAUGAUGAACGCGAAAAUUUUGAUAAUAUAAGGAAUAAGAAGCAACGAAAUUCCAAUGCUGGUCGAUCCACAAAAAAAUCAACAUUAAAUAAUAACGAUAUUUUAAUAUCAUCUUUAAGCAAAAAGAAACAGUUAGUUAAGGACGAACCUGUCGAUCAAACCUCUACCACUGCAAAUUCGUUCGCUCAAGGUCUCGCUGUUCCGAUUAUGUGUCUGCCUGAUGGAACUGCAGCAAAUCUUAAUGGUACACAAAGUAUCUUGGUUCCUAGCUCAUCACCUACUGUUAAUCCUGCCCAGUUAUCUAAUAAUUUUAACGCGAGUACAUUAUUGACUUUUGGUCAAGGGGUAUGGUCAGGUGCUACUACCACCACUCAUCCUGUUUCAUCACAAUCAAAUUACGUACAAACUUUGAAUCCUACGGCAUUACAAGAUGGGACAUCUCUUUCGUUACCAUCACGAGAAGAGACAAAUAACACAACGGCCAUCGGCAGCAACCAAAAUACAAGCAACUCCUCUUCUGCCACUGCCACUGCGAAUGCUAACAAUAACGCAGCCACAAAACUUCCAAUUACACAACGUCGCUACAGGAAUAACAUUAAUGAUAGAAUUAAUGAUCUCAAGAAUGUCGUGCCAGCUUUAUGUCAUCUUAAGACCACGAUAUUAAGGAAAGCUACUGAAUAUAUUAAUUACCUGAAAAAGAGUAACCAGCAAUUGAAAGUGGAAAACGAUAUCUUAAAGAAAAUCGUUGAAAUUCUACCUGGUGGCGUAGAACUUUAUCACAAAUAUUUCGAUACACCUGUUGGUGAUGAUUCCGGUUCGGGUGAUAUCCGAUCUCCUAGAAACAAACCUGAACCGAUUGAAUCUGAUACCCGUAAUGGAAAUACUAGUCCAAGAGCAUUGAUGGCAUUAUUUAUGUUUGUGACUUUCUUUACCUCACCAUCUCAAUACGGCCAAUCUGAUAAUGGCCACAACCAUUCUAUCGAAUCACAUCAGCAUGCACCGGCACGUGCUUUGGGAUUGUCUUCUAAUGAGAAUAUCGUAGAGAGUAGUGCUACUACCGGGUUCUCUGCUAAUGAUGGAACUCUUACAAUUGACGUUUGGUAUUUAGCAAGAAUUUUCACUUGCUUGUUAUGUUUAAUCUACAUAUUGAGACCUUCGUUAUUUUCGAAUCAUCCUCCACGCGCUCAUAAUUCAAAGCAAACCGUUAUGUCUGUUUUGGCUGCUAAAAGUAAGAAUACCAAAGAAUUGCACCGAUCUAUCUCAAGAAUGAUUUCACCUUAUCCAACGAAUAUUAUGGGAUUCUUUUUCGGAUUCGUUACCGAAUUAUUCCAACUAUUGACUCGAAGAAUUCUUGGAUGGGGAAUAUUUCGCGGCGCAUUUUGUCGAGAUAUUGACUCGGAGAUUAGCCUUUGGGGUCGACUUGGUGAAGUUGAAUUAUGUGGAGGCAAUGAAAAGGUUUCUCGUUUCUCUAUUUUAUACACCGCUUUUCGCACAGUCAAUCUUUUGGAGGCAGCCAACUUCAUCUUUAGCAACAAUUCUGGUCCAUGUGCACCAAAUCCCUCACGUAUAUACGCCAACGCGGCUAUACAAUGUUACAUUGGGUUCAGUUCAUUCCCAUACAUUGCACGAAAAACUGCAGCUCAUUUUUGGCAAAAAGCAAUCGCAAAUAAAGGAUAUAACGGCGCCGAAGAAAAAUGGCUCGAAGUUGCCUUGACUUGUAAUCAAAACGGUGAUAUAUGGAAAGGAGUAGUGAAUCAAAUUGCCGAACUUGCUUUUCAAAAAGGUCAAAUCUCGAAAAGCAGUGAUGAAGAGGAAAUCACCACGCUUAUAACACCACUCUGUAAAAUUUCCGAUGCUCAAGCUUUAUUCCGGCUCAAAGAAACAUAUUAUAAUUUCAUUUCUGAGCAAUACGGGAGAAAGAGGAGUAGCAACAAAAAAGGAUAUUCUUUUGCUGAACUUAUGAGAGUGAGCAGUCCAUCAUCUUUGGCACAUUGGUACACGCUGGUUGGAUAUGCACUUGCCACUUUCGCUCGUAAGCAGAACAAUACUGGUUUGAAUAUUAUUAAUCAAUUAAAGUUAUUUACAAAAAAAGAGAAUAACAAUAACAAACAAAUCAUUGAAAUGGGAUUACUCUCCUACGCCUUAUUGAUGUACGGAAAAAUUGAAGCUUCAGCUCGAUUUGCUGAUAGUGCUUACGUUGCAAUCAUAAAAGGAAUCCAAGAAAAAAAUGCAGAUGAUUGUGAAGAGGAAACUAAUGAAUUUUGUAAAUUAAAACAAGAAAUUCAUGAUCUCGCGGAGUUCUGUGUUGGUCGGAUUGUGCUUGAAGGUCGUAUCUUAAUUUGGAAAAUCAUCGAGGAAUUAUCUUCGCAAAAUAAAGAUGUGCCAAUCCCCGAUGUUCUUGAUAUUGAGGCACGAUUAAAGCCUGGUGUACAACAAUGGUUACUUUACCUACGACGACUGGCUAAUAAUGAAGUAUUUGACGGGAUUGCAAAAACACGACGAGAAUCUUUAAAACAUUUACAUACCCUUACACACGUUGUAAGUGGACAGAUGGAUAUAGGAUUCGAGGAUAAUGAAAAGGGGAAAAUAGAGAAAAGAGGUGCACGCACUUGGCAGGCAUUAAAAUCCUUAGCAGUGAAUAUUUAA